AUGUCGAAUAGCGAAGUUGCGCAAAACAGCUUUAAUCCCUCGUGGUAAGUUUUGUUCUCAUGAAGCAUACUUAUUUUAAGUUUGCCUUGAGUUAAUUUAUAUUUCUUAUCUCUGAUAAUCGUCAAUUUUACAGGAUGCAAACUUCCGCUCCCAAGACUCCACGGCCGAAUGGAAUCAGUCGCGCGGCUGAAGAAGAUACCGGAGUAAGUCAAUUUCUAUCUAUUAGCUGAGGUUUUAGAAAUGUUGUGGCAAAAGAUGAAACAGCAAUCAAGUUUUUUAUUGCCGUUCGGAGGUAAUCAUUACAUGGUCAAUCGAUAUGUUUUGCGAGAAACAUACAAUUAGUGAAUUUUGAAGCUUUAAUACCUGUGAAAAAUUAUGUUAAUGUUAUUCUGUUUCAAUGUUCUUGUUUUAGGAAAUGAUUGAGCCCGUCUUUGCCAAGUAUCGCUAUGGCCGCGAAGAUAUCCUCGCUUUGAACCCUAGAGAUUCCAAGCCCCCAGAUGGCCUGGAAGGCUGCCCAUUCUUCAUGGAAAAGGCGUUGACUCCCAUCAUCCUAACCGAGUUGAACGAGACUGAGCUGGUGGGACUUAAUCUCUUCCGAUAAUUCAAUUUUUGUCUUUUGCAGCGACUGCAACAGAACAUUAAUUCCAGUAAGGCUUUAAGUGCUGCUCAUCGGGCGGAUUGGCAAGGCAAGGAAGUAGAAUCGCCGGGAUCGGGUACGAAUGCGUGGACUGUGGCUGGUAAAUUUUAUUUAGUUUUGUUUUACUUGAUCGUUUUAGGAAGUAAAAAUUCAUCAUUCCGCUCGAGUAAUCGGUGGACAACUGUGGGAGCAAGUCCAUCCACGGAGACACGAAGUGCAAAGUUCCCAUUUUCGAAUCGUGGUAAUUACGGAUCUGCGGCCAACGGGGAGAAAAAGCCGAAACCAAAUCCUUGGACCGAAGGAAAACGCCUUCAUCAAACAAGUGGAAGUGAUGAAGGCAACGGAACACCGAAUGGAGCCGAGCCGGAUCUUAGCGCUGAUGUUUGGGGAUCUUCUUGGCGAUCCGUUGAGUCCAAAAGGUAAAAUACUCUUGCGCUUUUGACAUUUAACUUUUUAGUGAACAUAAAAGGGGUGAUAGUUCGAAGAAAGAAGGUCCUGAAAGUUAUGCACGAGGGUUUGGAAGAGGAGCGUCGGCGUGGAAUAAUGUGGAAUCAGUCUGGACUGCACCAGAUAUUGGUUUGCUUGGCGAUAAUGUGGAGAAUCUUUCGAUCAGGACAGAACAACAGGUACAUUAUUAUUACUACGUAAAUAUUUUAUCUUUAUUCUAACUUCAUUUUUGGUCGUUUUUAGGAACAAUCGCAUUUAAAAGAAUCGUCGGAUCAAUCGAGUGUGAUAUCCAAUCCCCCUUCACAGAAUACUCCACCCGAUCAGUGGUACUAUUUGGACCCGAAUGGUGUCCAACGGGGGCCGUUCGAGACGAAAGAAAUGCAGGCAUGGUUCCUGAGCGGAUAUUUCCAUGCUGAUUUACAAAUCAUGAAGCCUGGUGAUGCGGGAUACACGCCGUUGGGUAUGUGUCUUUUCCAUUUAAAGUUAGUUCCAUAUUAAGGCGAACUUAUUAAAUCUAAUGGUGCUUUAACUCCAUUCGUCGAGAAGAAACGAUCUCAAAAAGUGACCCAGUCUCCUCCCGCCACCAGUCAAUCACAACUCAGGAAUUCAUGGCAACCUUCCAAUUCAAGCAGUGCGACAAAUGACUUUGUUUCAAAAGCGGACAUGUCCAUCGAACAAAUUAAAGCAAUUGAGGAAAAGGAACGAGCGCUUGUGGAAGAACAACGUCGCUUAAAAGAACGAGAAGAUAUGAUAAAACGUGAAGAACAGGAACGUAUGGAAUGGAAUAGAAAGAUGGAGGAGAAGGAAAUGGAACUUCGCAGAAAACAGGUUGAAUUUUUAUCAUUAUGUUGCAUUUGCAUUUUAGGAAGAGAUUCAACGGUUUGCUGUUGAAAAAGAGCAAGAACUUGAGAAAAAGAGAAGAGAGGUGUUGGAAUAUGAGCAGCAAAGAAGGGAAGAGCUUCAGAAGUUUGAGGAAGAGCGUCGAAUUCUCUUAAUCCAAGAAGAACAAGAAAAGAGAAAGUUUGCCGAGAUGGAGUUUGUUAGACAAGAACAGGAAAGGCAAAGGUCCAUGAUGGAGAUUGAGAACAAAAAACGACUGGAAGAAGAAAUGAAACGACGUCGUGAGGCCGAGCUGCUUGCCGAAGAGCAGCAACGAAGGCAACGCGAACAUGAACUUCAAAGAGAACAAGCUGAAAGGAUUAGAAGGCAACAAGAAGAUGAAGCACAGCGACUACAGCAACAAGCAAGGGCUGCUCAAGCUGCGUCGGCUAGUGCGGCUUCGUCGAAAGGUUAGAUUUACCACCCAACUUUAUUUUUUUUAGCUCCUUGGUCUAAUUCCACCAAAAAGCAGAAGAUUGUGCCGGCUGAAGAUUUGUCGAGCAAGACUCUGCUAGAGAUUCAGAUGGAAGAAGAGCGGCAAUUACUGAAGAAACUGGAAGAAGAAGAGAAAGUGCGUCAAACUGAAGCCCUGAACAAGAAGCCAGUAUGGAGCAGUCAGUCAGGAAGUGCGUGGAGUGUUCCUAAAAAUGUUCCGCAACCUGUCCCCAUUCCUCCGGCUAAGGAAGUUUCAAAACAAGUCAAGGCUGAGAAAAAGAAGGUAUGGGUAGUCAGUCAUUUUCAGUCUUUGUUUUAAAUUUGGUAUUUAAUUUUACAUUUUUUAGCCACCGGCGCAGAAGAAGGAAACUCACGCCGAUAAACCCCAGGACCCAUUGACCGCUUGGGUUAUCCAGAGAGUCCGGCAGCUGAAUCCGAGUGUUGAACCCGAUAUCUUCGCAACUUUCCUGUUAAGCAUCGAGUCACCAAACGAGGUAGGGCAAAGAUUGUUACUGUUUAUUCUCUAGGUGGAAGACUAUGUCCUGACCUAUUUUGGUGAGAACAAGAAUGCCAAGGAGUUCCACCAAGAGUUCUUAGCCAAGCGAAUUGAAUUACGACCUCGUCGUCGAGUUACAGACAAAGAUGUAAGCAUUUCGUUGGUCGCAUGUUUACGUUUUUAUAUUGGUCAAAUGUAUUUAUUCCAGGAUCUCUCCGGCCCGGCGGCAGCAGCUACGAAUAUUGCGGGCAAUGGCGCUUCUGCCACGGGUUUAAACGCAGGCGGAAGUGCAAAGACGAAGAAGAACAAGAAAGGAAAGAAGGUGAUCGACGGACUCAUCCUUGGAUUCCGUCCAGCUGGCGAUCCAAACCGACUGAAUGUAGGGGAGAUUGACACUACCCCUCCAGCUCCAUUGAAACGCCGCUAAGUUAUAAUUGCCUUCUGAGGUUCUUGUUAUUGUUGGUACCAAAUGUUUAUAACUGCAAUUUGUCGCAUAAAAUAUUUUAAUAUUAUGAUUGGAGGCUUUUUUUCUGCGUAAUCUUGUUGUCAAACGAUAAGUCAUAUUAUAAAGUGUUUUUUACGUUUCAUUAUAAACGUUAGAAUUCCUGCAAUUAACAUAUAGCUUGUAGAUGGCAGCGGACCGGAGGGUAACUGUUUCUUUUUUCGAAGAAAAUGGAGGUUCUUUGGGCCCGACUUCACUGAUUCUUCCAUUGUCGGCGACUACGACGGAUCUUCAAUCUUUAUGUAAUGAAUUCCUCGGCACCGAAGACGACCCCGUACCCAUGCAAUUCAGAUCAGAAGAUGGUUUUGAGAUUGUCGACUCGCUGGAAGGAAGUAUCCCUGUGGACUCCAUUAAUGACGAAAAGGUAUCUAUAUUCCGAUUCUUUGUCACAUUUUUAGGGCAUUAAACUGAUUUAUAUGCCUCAAGCGUUAUUUCGAGUGAAUCCUGUCACCAGAUGCACAUCAACGCUACCAGGGCACAGCCAGCCCGUCAUUUCAGUCCAGUUUUCUCCAGACGGGAAGUAAGUAAAACUGUCUUAACAAUUACAUCGUUAUAGAACAUUAGCGUCUGGAUCGGGCGACACAACGGUCAGGUUAUGGGAUUUGAACACUGAGCUUCCCUUGAAGACAUGCCAAGGACAUAAACAUUGGGUUCUAUGCAUUAGUUUCAGUCCAAACGGAAAGAAAUUAGCAUCGGCCUGUAAGAAUGGAGAAGUAAGAGGAACACAGAUUAGAUAUAUGGGAUUUGAUGAGUUUGAAAUCUCCGCAGCGUUAUUUACAACCAAACUCCGACUCUUUAUUAUAACUUUUUUCAGAUAUUUAUUUGGAAUCCAGAGAACGGAGAACAGCUUGGAAGGAAACUUUGUGGUCACAAGCAGUGGGUUAAUGCAUUGGCUUGGCAGCCUCUCCAUGAAGACAAGGACUGCAGACUAUUGGCUAGUGCCGGAAAAGACAGUACUAUCAGGAUAUGGGAUACUGCAACCUAUCAAACAAUCAGAAUGCUCUCUGGACACACUUCGUCCGUAACCUGCAUUCGAUGGGGAGGUGCUGGCUUUAUAUACACCGGAUCACAGGUACGACUAUAUCGGUCAACCAAAUGAAGAUUGUUUCAGGAUCGAACAGUCAAAGUUUGGAAAGCAGAGACGGGAUCUCACUACCGAUCCUUAACGGGUCACGCCCAUUGGAUAAAUACCUUGGCUUUGAAUGUGGAUUAUGUGUUGAGAACUGGAUCUUUCGAUAAAGGAAAAGACCAACCGUCUACAACGGAUGCUGAAAGUGCCCUUCAAAGGUAUAAUAAGGUAACAAAAGGAUGUCCAGAGAAAUUGGUAUCGGGCUCUGAUGACUUCACCCUCUUUCUAUGGGACCCAGUUAACAAUAAGCAGCCUAUAGGUCGCCUAACCGGACAUCAACAACUUGUUAAUCAGGUAUUUUUUGUUCAAAUGGGAUAGUGUGAUUGUCGUAGGUAUUGUUCUCACCGGACACACGGUUAAUCGCGUCUGCUUCGUUCGACAAAUCCAUCCGAAUAUGGUGUGGACAGACUGGCAGGUUUCUGAAGACCCUGAGAGGUCAUGUUCAAGCUGUGUAUCAAGUGGCUUGGUCUGCUGACAGUCGUUUACUUGUCUCCGGAUCAGCUGAUUCAACUCUUAAAGUUUGGUCGAUGAAAACGAAGGCCUUGUUAUUGGACUUGCCGGGCCAUGGAUCAGAUGUGUUUGCAGUGGAUUGGAGUCCUGAUGGGGAAAGAGUUGUGAGUGGGGGCAAAGAUUGUGUUCUCAAAUUAUGGAGGCAGUGA